UCUUGUUUCUAAUGCCCGGAACCUGGGAGCUGAGGGCUUGUCCAAAGUGGAGAGGGGAGCCUGGGGUGCCCCUUCUCCCUGGUUUCCAGUUAGGAAAGCUCACAUCUACCAUCAACAGUGCUCCUCCCCUUUUAGCAGAAUUGGGUAACAGAAACUGUGCAGUGAGAUUGUAAUAAGUAUACAAGACUUGGUUAACUUUUUUUUUUUUCUCUUUUCCUUUUUUUUUUUUUAAAGAAACUUCCCUUUACGAUCCCAGAGUUGGUGCAGGCAUCCCCGUGCCGAAGUUCGGAUGGAAUUCUCUACAUGGGUAAAAAGCAGGACAUCUGGUAUGUCAUUGACCUCCUGACUGGGGAGAAACAGCAGACUUUGUCAUCGGCCUUUGCGGAUAGUCUCUGCCCAUCAACCUCUCUUCUGUAUCUUGGGCGAACAGAGUACACCAUCACCAUGUACGACACCAAAACCCGCGAGCUCCGGUGGAACGCCACCUACUUCGACUACGCAGCUGCGCUGCCCGAGGACGACGGGGAAUAUAAAAUGUCCCACUUUGUGUCCAAUGGCGAUGGGCUGGUGGUGACCGUGGACAGUGAAUCUGGGGACGUCCUGUGGAUCCAAAACUAUGCUUCCCCCGUGGUGGCUUUUUACAUCUGGCAGCGGGAGGGUCUGCGGAAGGUGAUGCACAUCAACGUCGCCGUGGAGACCCUGCGCUACCUGACCUUCAUGUCGGGGGAGGUGGGGCGCAUCACCAAGUGGAAGUACCCGUUCCCCAGGGAGACGGAGGCCAAGAGCAAGCUGAUGCCCACCCUGUAUGUGGGGAAAUACUCUACCAGCCUCUACGCUUCCCCCUCAAUGGUACACGAGGGGGUCGCCGUUGUGCCCCGAGGCAGCACCCUUCCUUUGCUGGAAGGACCCCAGACCGACGGUGUCACCAUCGGAGACAAAGGGGAGUGUGUGAUCACACCCAGCACGGACCUGAAGUUCGACCCUGGGCUCAAAGGGAAGAGCAAGCUCAACUACCUGCACAACUACUGGCUGCUCAUCGGACACCACGAGACCCCACUGUCUGCGUCUACCAAGAUGCUGGAGCGGUUCCCCAACAAUCUGCCCAAACACCGGGAAAAUGUGAUUCCUGCUGACUCAGAGAAAAAGAGCUUUGAGGAGGUUAUCGACCUGGUUGACCAGACUUCAGAAAACGCACCUACCACAGUUUCUCCAGAUGUGGAAGAGAAGUUCGCUCAUGCCCCCCCAAGGCCCGAGGCCCCCGUGGACUCCAUGCUCAAGGACAUGGCUACCAUCAUCCUGAGCACCUUCCUGCUCAUUGGCUGGGUGGCCUUCAUCAUCACCUACCCCCUGAGCAGACGUCAGCAGCGGCAGCUCCAGCACCAGCAGUUUCAGAAGGAACUGGAGAAGAUCCAGCUCCUGCAACAGCAGCAGCUGCCCUUCCACCCACCUGGAGACGUCGCGGCUCAGGACGCCGAGCUCCCGGACUUGUGCGGCCAGUACUCGGAGAGCUCGGCCACCAGCAGCCCCAGCACGUCCCCCAGAGUCUCCAACCACUCGCUCCACUCCAGCGGCUCCGCCUGCAAGGCUGCCACCAGCCCCUUCCUGGAGCAGGAUGACGAGGAUGAGGAAACCAGCAUGGUGAUAGUUGGGAAAAUCUCAUUCUGUCCGAAGGACGUCCUGGGCCACGGAGCCGAGGGCACAAUUGUGUACCGUGGCAUGUUUGACAACCGCGACGUGGCCGUCAAGAGGAUCCUCCCCGAGUGUUUUAGUUUCGCAGACCGUGAGGUCCAGCUGCUGCGAGAGUCGGACGAGCACCCAAACGUGAUCCGUUACUUCUGCACCGAGAGGGACCGGCAGUUCCAGUACAUCGCCAUCGAGCUGUGCGCGGCCACCCUGCAGGAGUACGUGGAACAGAAGGACUUUGCCCACCUCGGCCUGGAGCCCAUCGCCCUGCUGCAGCAGACCACCUCGGGCCUGGCCCACCUGCACUCCCUCAACAUCGUUCACAGAGACCUGAAGCCACACAACAUUCUCCUCUCCAUGCCCAGCGCACAUGGCAGGAUCAAGGCCAUGAUCUCCGACUUCGGCCUCUGUAAGAAGCUGGCAGUGGGCAGACACAGCUUCAGCCGCCGCUCAGGGGUGCCCGGCACAGAAGGCUGGAUCGCCCCAGAGAUGCUGAGCGAAGACUGCAAGGAGAACCCCACCUACACGGUGGACAUCUUCUCUGCGGGCUGCGUCUUUUACUACGUGAUAUCUGAGGGCAGCCAUCCUUUUGGCAAGUCCCUGCAGCGGCAGGCCAACAUCCUCCUGGGCGCCUGCAGCCUGGACUGCCUGCACCCUGAGAAGCACGAAGACGUUAUUGCCCGGGAGUUAAUAGAGAAGAUGAUUGCAAUGGAUCCUCAGAAGCGCCCAUCAGCGAAGCAUGUGCUGAAACACCCGUUCUUCUGGAGCCUAGAAAAGCAGCUCCAGUUCUUCCAGGACGUGAGUGACCGGAUAGAGAAGGAGUCCCUAGACGGCCCGAUAGUGAAGCAGCUGGAGCGCGGCGGGCGGGCUGUGGUGAAGAUGGACUGGAGGGAGAACAUCACUGUCCCCCUCCAGACAGAUCUGCGUAAAUUCAGAACCUAUAAAGGCGGCUCUGUCCGAGAUCUCCUCCGGGCCAUGAGAAAUAAGAAGCACCACUACCGGGAGCUGCCCGAGGAGGUGCGGGAGACGCUGGGCCCCCUUCCCGACGGCUUCGUGCGCUACUUCACCUCGCGCUUCCCCCACCUCCUCUCCCACACGUACCGUGCCAUGGAGCUGUGCCGGCGCGAGAGGCCCUUCCAGCCCUACUACUACGAGCCCCCCGAGCCCCGGCCCCCAGUGACUCCAGACGCCCUCUGAACCAGGCGGCCUCCGUGCCGGCG